GCGGUAAGUGGGUCAGGGUAGGAGAUGGGAGCGCGCAGCCGCCGACUCACUGCGCCCUCAGCCUUCAGCCAUGGCGGACGCGCCGCCUGAGGUCCUCGAGUUGAACGUGGGCGGCGUGCAUUACGCCACCACUCGCGACACCCUCCUGCGCGAACCCGACUCCCUUCCCGCCGCCGCGCUCCGCGACGCCGAGCAUCCACGUGACGCCCGCGGCCGCAUCUUCUUCGACCGCGAUGGAGUUCUCUUCCGCUAUGUGCUGGACUACCUCCGAGACGGCGGUCUCGUCCUCCCCGAGUGCUUCAGGGAACACAAGCGGCUAGCUCGAGAAGCGAAACAUUACCGGCUAGUCGGGUUGGAGAAUGCAGUACGGGAAGCGGACCCCCGGCCGCCUAACCGUGAGCGCGGUUGCAUCACUGUCGGCUACCGGGGCAGCUUCGCGUUCGGCCGCGACGGCCUCGCCGACGUGAAAUUCCGUAAACUAUCGCGCAUUUUAGUUUGCGGAAAAGUGACACUUUGCCGGGACGUAUUCGGCGAGACCUUGAAUGAAUCCCGAGAUCCAGAUCACGGGCUGGCAGAUAGAUAUACUUCGCGGUUUUUCUUGAAGCAUUCGUUUAUAGAACAGGCUUUUGAUAUGUUGCAAGAGAACGGCUUCAAACUUACAGCUAGUUGUGGCAGUGGUACGGCCGGCGGAGCUGCGGAACUGAAGCCUGGCGUCGACUCGGAGGAGAAUCGCUGGAAUCACUACAACGAGUUUGUGUUCGUGCGUGAAUAAAAUCAUUCUAUAGUAUGCAUGUGAUAACGUCAGCUGAGUCUGUAGGUGCCGCGUGGACUGUUCUCAUCGGACGGCAAUGACACGAGAAAUGUAUUUCAGGUAAUGAGAUUAACGAAAUUUUCUAAAGCGAAAUAGUUAUCUGAAUAAUUAUUGGUAAAGUCUGUAUACCUUUUAAAUCUUCCACUUGGACAGACGUUGCGAUUUAUAUUUUAGUAAAAUGAGUUUUAAAUCGAAUGACCUCUGAACUACUUUGUAUGAUGA